UUCUUAUAAAUAAAGCCUCUUUACUGAAAGCUGACCUAAUGUCCCUUUGGAGUCCGAUUAGAACUACAAACAUGGCGUCCACUCAGUGGACAAACAGUGACACCCACCGUCCACCAGCUGUAAAGACACACGAGUUACAAAACACAGCCGUGCAGCCAUUAGCCUUCACGUGUAGUGCUGCGUUAUGCAAACACUGGACUUCCUGCACCGCUGCGUUAAGCGCUGAACAAACGCUGAACAUCACAGGGUGGAGAAAUGAAAGCCAAACCGACGAAGUCAGUGGAUGCAUCUGAAUCAAAGAAUAAAGUGAAGAAGAACUCUGGUCCAAGUCUCGCCAAAAAACUACGAGACAAAAAAGAUGGAGAAACAUCCAAACAAGAGUCUCCCCCCAAGUCUGCAGGAAUCCGGAAGAGAGGAGGGUAUGGGAGCAUCCUGCACUACAUUUACAAGAGCACUCUGGGACAAAGUCUUCACUCACAGAUGAGACAGUGUCUUCAGGAGCCUUUUGUCCGCUCGUUAUCAUCGUAUCAUUUCCACUCUGCCAGCAGCCCCUUCAACCGCAGAAUCACCUGUCUGGAGUGGCAUCCCACUCAUCCCACUACUAUGGCCGUGGGCUCAAAGGGUGGUGACAUAUUUCUGUGGGACUAUGAGGUGCCUGAGAAAAAAACCUUUAUUGAAGGGAGCGGAGCAGGAGACUUUAUCGGAGGGAUGAAGUUCUGCCCGACGGAUCUUUCCAGAGUCUAUGUGGCUUCUGGCGAGGGCACAUUGACCGUGCAGAGCUUUGAGGGCCGCACACCCACCAUUGUGUCCAGAACACAAGACUGUGGCCACGAUCACCACAAUGUUUGUUACUGGUACUGCUGUCUCGACGUGUCUAUGAGUCGACAGAUGCUUGUAACAGGAGACAAUGUGGGACAGCUCGUACUCCUGGGUUUGGAUGGCCAAAAGAUUUUCAGUGACAAGUUGCACAAAGCCAAAGUGACCCACGCAGAGUUCAACCCCCGCUGUGACUGGUUGUUGGCGACGGCCUCGGUCGACCACACAGUGAAACUUUGGGACCUGAGAAACAUCAAAGACAAGAAGAGCUUCCUCCACGAGAUGCCUCAUGAGAAAGCCGUCAACUCAGCCUAUUUCAACCCACUGGACUGCUCCAAGCUGCUCACCACAGACCAGUAUGACCAGAUCCGCGUCUACUCGUCCUCUGAUUGGUCGAAGCCUCAACAUAUCAUCCAGCAUCCACACAGACAGUUUCAGCAUCUCACACCCAUCAAGGCCACAUGGCACCCUGUCUAUGACCUCAUCAUGGCGGGCCGCUACCCUGAUGACCGAGUUUGCCCUGGAGAUCAGAGGACCAUCGACAUCUUUGAUUCCAACACAGCAGAGCUCGUGUGUCAGCUGCAGGAUCCCACCGUGUCAGGGAUUAAAUCUGUCAACAAAUUCAGUCCAUUGGGUGACGUGAUUGGAUCUGGAAUGGGUGUGACGGUGCUGGUGUGGGAUAGAAACGAGUGGUUGAUCAACGAUGGGCACAAAGAGUCGGAGAAAGCCUCGACCUCAGUGGACAGUUUACAAGGCCAGAGGAGGAAUCGGCAGCAGCGCCCCAGCAGGGACAGGAGAGGUCCUGCUUUGGAUGCAAAGCUCAAGAAGAAACUGGCUUCACUGGAGGAACCAGAGACCCAAACCAAGACAAAGACGAGUAGUACUAAAAAACAAGCAGAGAUGAGGAAGAUGUAA